CCUCAGAGGGGACAUCUACACUGAUCAUUAGGGCACUGAUGAUUAGUGUGCCCUGAUGAUCAGUGUAGCCCUAUCAGUGCCACCUGUCAGUAUCCAUCAAUGCAGUAGUCAGUGCUCAUCAAUGCCACCUGCCAGUGCCACAUCAGUGACACAUAUCAGUGCCUACAUUAAUGCCACAUAUCAGUGCCCAUCUGAGCUGCCUUUCAGUGCCACCUAUCAGUGCCAGUCAGCGCCACCUACCAAUGCCAGUCAUUGCCACUUAUCAGUGCUGCCAAUCAGUGCCACCUAUCAGUGCCAGUCAGUGCCACCUAACAGUGCCAUCAGUGCCGCCUAUCAGUGCCAGUCAGUGCUGCCUAUCAGUGCUGCUUAUCAGUGCCGCCUAUCAGUGCCCAUCAGUGAUGCCUGUCAAUGACCAUCAGUUCCACCUAUCAGUGCCUCCUCAUCAGUGCUGCCUAUCAGUGCCCAUCAGUGCAGCCCAUCAGUGCCCAUAACUGCAGCCUCAUUAGCGCACAUCAGUGAAGGAGAAAAAUUACUUAUUUACAAAAUUUUAUAA